AUUUGGGGAAGGCAAUUUUGAGUUGGUGCAGAUGACAUAUGGGGCGAGCAGAAGAAAAAAUGAAGUUGACAAUCGUCUCUUUGUCCCCAUCUACAUUAACCAAGACCGCCAUCUCGCCCUCAUCGACACAGGAGCCUCGCAUUCAUUCAUCAGUUCCAAAGUAGUCAGUCGCUACUCGAUUCCAGUCAAGGAAGUGAAGGGUUGCAUCGAGUUGGCGGACACCUCAACUAUCGAACGCGUCGGCGAGACCGAGAACGUGGAGAUUAUCUGUGGACAGAACGUGCUUUGCGCCCCAUACGAAGUGAUUGAACAGAGUCACGCCAUCACCAUUGGUAUGGAUCUGUUUCAUCGCUAUGGCUUCAACAUUGUUGGACUACCCGACCCAGAAGAGUCUACUGGCCGGAUGCCAACACCUUUGAAGAUGAAAAGCCGACUCUGAUACCUCUCGCUGUUCCCGAGAUCGAGAAGACGCAGGAAUUCAUCACGGAGAAGAAAGAGUUCAUGAGGAAUAUCAAGCCGUUGUUGGAGGCGAACACCAGGAUCCCCAAAACAAGCUUUUGCCCCGUACCAGAAAUGAAGGUGUACUUGCCUGUUCCGGAGGACGUUCAACUCUAUCGCAGACCGAGAGUGUUUGCAGCAUCGCAGAGAU